GCAGUGGUUUAAGAUUUUACCAUAUCUCGCGUAAUAAUUCUUGCUGAUUCUAGACAAAAAUGGCUCAACCCCUUUGAAUGAGGUGGGCGGGGCCUAUUUUUGGAGAGCGCUUAAUUAUAAGGUGAAUUCGCCAUUUUGUGAAAGGGGUAGAGAACGUGAGUGUGUUGGCUCAGUGGUGGUAGUAGUAGGAUUAGCGUACGCGCCUAUAUCGUGCUGACGCUGAUCAUUUACACAUCACACUUCAUUUGCUUUGUUUAGUGGGGGCAGCCUGAUUAUUUGGUCGCAGUAACAACAACAGGUAAGCCUCUUCUGCAUCCAUGAGCAAUGUGUGUUUCGGGCGGGCCUAAAGUUGAAAAUGGCGUUUGUGAUCAGUUUGCAGAAAUGGAGAUGGAAUACAUAAGAGUGGCGGAGGAUGAGAAUGAAGAGCCAAUGGAGAUACCAUCUGAAGAUGAUGGGACAGUUCUGUUGUCUACAGUUACUGCCCAGUUUCCUGGUGCAUGCGGUCUGAGAUAUAGAAACCCAGUGAAUCAGUGCAUGCGUGGUGUUCGAUUGGUUGAAGGCAUUCUCCAUGCUCCUGAAAAUGGCUGGGGAAACCUUGUGUAUGUAGUCAAUUAUCCAAAAGUGAUGGUUUACGGGUCUGCACCUUCCACUAUGGAAAGUAGAGGUACUUCAAGUCCCAGUAUCCACUGUUUCACAAUGAAGCAAGAUAACAAGAGGAAGAUGGAUGAAACUGAUGCUUCCUCUGCAGUCAAAAUUAAACGUGCAGUGACAAAAACAUCAGAUCUAAUUGUAUUAGGUCUUCCGUGGAAAACCACAGAACAAGAUUUGAAAGACUAUUUCAGCACAUUUGGUGAAGUGAUCAUGGUGCAGGUAAAGAAAGAUGCAAAGACAGGCCAUUCUAAAGGAUUUGGAUUUGUCAGAUUUACAGAGUAUGAGACACAAGUAAAAGUGAUGUCUCAGCGUCAUAUGAUUGAUGGCCGGUGGUGUGACUGCAAACUACCAAAUUCUAAGAGUCCAGAUGAACCUAUGCGCAGCAGGAAGGUCUUUGUUGGGCGUUGCACAGAAGAUAUGAGUGCUGAGGAGCUUCGCCAGUUCUUCAGCCAGUAUGGAGAAGUUGUGGAUGUCUUUAUUCCAAAGCCUUUCAGAGCAUUUUCAUUUGUUACAUUUGCUGAUGAUCAGGUUGCCCAAUCUCUGUGUGGUGAAGACUUGAUCAUUAAAGGAGUCAGCGUUCAUGUUUCUACUGCAGAACCAAAGCACAAUAACAAUAGGCAAUUAGAGAGAGAGGGUAGAUUUCCUGGACCAAGUUUUGGUAGCCAGGGUUACCCCAGCAACCGGCCAAGUGGUGGGACACUUGGCAACAACCAAGGUGGUAAUAUGGGUAGUGGUGGUGGUGGUGGUGGAGGGAUGAAUUUUGGGGCAUUUAGCAUAAAUCCCGCAAUGAUGGCAGCUGCCCAAGCAGCUUUGCAAAGCAGCUGGGGUAUGAUGGGUAUGUUGGCUAGUCAACAAAAUCAAUCUGGCCCCCAGGGUAGUAAUCCAGGUCAAGGAAAUCAACAAAGGGAACAGCCACAAAGCUUUGGUUCAAAUAAUUCUUACGGAUCCAACUCUGGUGCAAUUGGCUGGGGGUCCCCUAAUGCUGGAUCUGGCAGUGGAUUUAAUGGUGGCUUCAGUUCAAGCAUGGAAUCAAAAUCUUCAGGUUGGGGCAUGUAGUCUUAUUAGAAGACACUGGGUUUCAGUUGUUAAUUCCUAAUUUUUAUGGUAAGUAUUUUGCAAAAUGCAUUUACAGAAUGUUUCCAAAAGGCUCUUGUGUAUGUUCAGUAGUAAACCUAAGGGAACUGUUUUCUAAGUUAGUAAUGCAGGUUAACAAUCUCUGGUCUCAAUACUACUUUCUGACAACAUACAUGUUGUAGACCACUGGUUAUCAAUUUAUAGUAAUUCCAGCCUUUUUUUCCCCCUCCUUGCCUCAGUCUGUAUAAUAAUGUAAAUGGAAUCAUACAUUUUUGUUUAGGACAGUCUUUGUACCUUAAUUGUGUUCACUGCUUCAACUGAUCUCUGCUUCUCACCAUGACUUUCUGGAACCUGCAAUUGAAAUGCAGUUGAUUUCCUGCCCUGGAGGAGCACUUUUGCCUACAAGCUUUUUUUCUAGCCUGAAGAUCUCAUGCGGCACAGAAUCUUAAGACGGUGGGUGAUCCAUUUUUAUCCAGUUUGUUACAUGGAGUUCAUACCAGCGAUUUGAACGCACGGCUGUGAGGUGGAACCAGAACGCUGUUUGAACUGUGGGAUUGGUGUUUCCAAAGAAUGAGUCUUUGGUAUGAGCGAGAACAAGAGCGCAUGCAGAGACCAGUGAUGCAUUAUGGAAUAUUAAGUUGUCAAUGUGUCUCUCAAUCCAGUGGCAAUGAUGAGAGUGUGCAGAGAGCAGUGGGAGCAAGUAACGUACGAAUGUCUCUUGCAUUCGAAGGACUUUAGCUUAUUUGAAAGACUGGGGCUAAAUCAAUUUGUCUGCAACAGUUUGUACAUUUAUUUUCACCCUGCCCUUCUUAAAAUGUCUUCUGCUGUGAAUGCUGUAUGAAGUGUGAUUUUCUUUGUUAUUGAAAUGUGAGUCAAUGUGAUGAAAUUGUAUAUGAUGGGGGUGGGUGGUGCGAACGCUCAGUCAGAGUGGCUUGAUAUUUGCUUCUCAAGAGUGUAGGAGAUGUUUUGGUCUGUAAGUAACAACAAGAAUGCGGUUUGCUGCAGUUGUGUUCUGUCUGGAUGCUUUUUACAUGACUUGUCAUUGUAGGUUAUUAAAUAAAAGCUUUAAAUAAGA